AACACACAUUUGCAUUGCAUUACCUUACAUAAUAAUAAACCUCCUCCUGUGACUGUACCUUGGCGCCAAACCCUGAUCAACUUCAAUGGCACUCCAUAUCUCUUCUCCUUCUCCUUCUUUUCAGUCACAUAAUUUUCCUCAUCGAUUACCAACUUCAUCCCCAUCUUCGCUUUCACCAGGCUCUCUCAGAUCAAGGACUCCUAUUCCCCGGAUCAAGAAACCGCUUGGUUUUAGCUGCCGGUCAAGCAAUGAAGAUUAUUAUAUCUAUGCUCCUGAAGAUAUUGGUGAUGGUUUCUCUUUCAGCGGAGGAAAGUAUGCAGAUGGAGAUGGAGACAGUCCUGCUGAUGAAUGGUUCAAACAGGGAAAAUAUGUAAAAGCUCAUCCUGUUUCUGGCACUGGUGAAAAGGCAAAGGAUCCGAUAUUUGGUCUAGCAAUGGGUGGCAGUUCUCAAGCCUCUGUUGAUCUUUUCAGAUGGUUUUGCGUCGAAAGUGGAAGUCCUGAUAAUCCUCCUAUAAUUUUAAUCCACGGCUUCCCUUCACAGGCUUAUUCAUAUCGUAAGGUUCUUCCCGUCCUAGCCAAGAAUUACUUUGUCAUUGCUUUUGAUUGGAUAGGCUUUGGAUUUUCCGAUAAGCCCCUCGCCAAAAAUGGUUUUGACUACACACUGGAUGAAUAUGUUUCGUCUCUGGAGUCUCUUAUUGAUCAGCUAGGCAUUAGCAAGGUGUCACUUGUUGUGCAGGGAUAUUUUGCACCAGUUGUUGUUAAAUAUGCAAGCAGUCAUCAAGAAAAGAUAAAUGAUCUCAUACUUCUGAACCCCCCUAUAACAGCGAAACAUGCCAACCUCCCUUCAACUCUGUCCAUAUUCAGUAACUUUUUGCUGGGAGAAAUAUUUUCACAGGACCCUCUAAGGGCCAGUGAUAAAGCCUUGAAAAGUGCUGGUCCUUACAAAAUGAAAGAGGCUGAUGCCAUGGUUUAUAGAAGACCUUACCUAAUAUCUGGUUCCUCAGGUUUUGCACUUAACGCCAUCAGUAGGUCGAUGAAGAAAGAACUCAAGAACUAUAUUGAGGAAAUGAAAACCACACUCAUGGAUGAUACUUGGAAAGUUCAAACUACAGUAUGUUGGGGACAGAGAGAUCGGUGGCUAAGCUAUGAUGGAGUUGUGGAUUUCUGCAAUGAUUCAAAGCAUCGGUUGGUGGAACUUCCUAGGGCAGGGCAUCAUGUACAGGAGGAUUCUGGUGAAGAAGUAGGACAACUCAUUGCUGGAAUAAUUCGCAAAAGGAGUUUCGGCAUUGCCUGAAAAUCAAAAUCUACUUUAAUUAAACAAUGCUUCAUUAUUAUAAUUUUUGCUGCUAGUUGAUAAACAAAAGUGGCUCUGUGUUGAAUCUGGAAGCAUCUGUCUUCCUGUUUCAGUCGUCACAAUAUACUAGCAAAAACUGUUACAACGGAUUUUAUAAAUGGUAAAAUACAAUGUGGAUUUAUUCUUA